AUGGCUACUCCUGCCGCUCUCCCUCCGUUGCCUUUUAAUCCGGCUCGGAUUAGGACCUAUCUCAUUCGACUGCCGCUCUUCACCCGCCUGGUUCUGUUGAUCAUUCUGGCCUUCUGGUUGCUUGAAUUGCAAACCAUAUGGAGUGUUGUGCAAUGGGGCGCAUUGAUUCCAGAGGAGAUUAACCUGGGGACCAUGUACCGUCUUAACACCUAUCCGUUCAUCCACACUGGCUUCUGGCACGCUUUCUUCAACAUUCUGGCGCUUACUCCACUCCUGGAGCGCUUUGAGGCUGAGCAUGGCACUUUGACUGCUGUCGCGUUGUUUGUUGGACCUCUGUCAACUGUUCCCGCUGGUCUUUACAUCCUCAUCGAGAGGGGAUUGCUUCACAGAAACACCUCAGUUGUUGGUGCAAGUGUGUGGGUUUUCCUACUACUCGGAUCAGAGUCAAUCAAGACCUACAAGUCGCACCCAAACUUCAGCCUUGGCCCAUACAAGAUCCCUACCUGGACCUCGCCCCUGGUUGCUUGCGCUGUAGUCUCCAUUCUUAUGUCGAACGUGAGCUUCCUUGGUCACAUUUGCGCAAUCCUGGUCGGCUAUCUCCUUGGCCUCGGAUACCUCAAGGUGUUUGUGCCCCCCGAGAAGAUCCUUCGCUGGAUCGAAGGCAAGUUGAACCUCCUAGGACGCCUGCCUCACUAUGUCUCCGUCGAUCAGAAGACCUAUGGCCGUUACGGAGUCCUCCCCACCACCAACAACCCCGCCGGCGCCAGCGGCAGUGGGACCCCUAUGAGCUUCAUGGGAUCCACACAGCGCCUGGGAGCCUGA